GAUGGGGAGUCACUUAUGAAAGGGCCUGCGGGAUAACUGACCCAGGGCGGGUGAUAAGGGAGGGGUGUACUUUUUAUGACUCCGGCAGGGAAGGAGAAACUACGAACAAUUAUCGAGCCGCCAUGUGUGAAGACGCUGGGUCAUAAAAAGAUGACUAAGACAUUCCUUGCCUGCUUACAAUAUUGUGGGAGACAGGACUUAGCGCAAAGUGAAACUGAGCACCGAAUGCCCAUGUGUGAACUAGAAAACAAAUGCAGGGGGCAUUCGGUGAAGAGUUAAGAACCAAGUAGGAUGGAGUCCAAGGUAGGAGUCAAAAGGGCGUUGGAAAAGAUUUUGGAAAGGGCACGGCUGGUGAGAAAUAUAAUAGCAGACCAAAAGGGUCAGGGAGAGAAGCCAUCUCUUUCUCUUUAAGACACACAAGUUUUUCAAGGAGACAGGGUUGAAUGAGGUAAAUGGUUUAUGUAGAAUAGCAGAGGAUAUGUCUGGAUAGUAAGUUAGGGCCACAUUUAUGGAAGAUCCUAAAAGCCGGUAUAAAGUUUGGCCCUGCUAAAAAAGGCAACACAGCCAUCACAAACUCCCACUGAAAACGGUCCAUGUACAGAUCAAGAAGGAAAAUCAGCUGAGAGACAAAUGCAAUAAUUGAGGUGUGACAGAACAAGCACUCCAAGAAUCAUAGAAUCUUAGAUGCUGGCUAGUCCAACCUCUCACCUAAUUAAGGAAACUUCUAAUAUCCAAGUUAUCUGAAAAAUACGAUUCAAGUCACUAAGAAAUGCAAGUUAAAGCAGCUUUUAAAUUCUUCCUCACACCUACCUCGUGGCAAUGAUGACAGAUGUUGGGAGGAUUGUAGGAAAACAGCCACAAUAAUGCAAUGGCCAAUGAUCUUGAGGUUGGUUUUAAUGUUAAACCUCUGAUAAAUAUCAGAUUAGCAGAUAUCAGUCAAUUGGACGAGACCACCUGUGAUCAAGCUAUUUGCCAACAUCCACACUGUUGGGAAACGAUCCGAAGGCUUCAGAGGGGCCAUCCUCGAAUUCUUGAACCACUUUCCACAACUCCCAAGAAAAGUGAUGGUGAAUUAGAUGAACUGCCAACUCUUAAAGUGGUGGACUUAGUUCUACCAGAUUCUUCUAUUUUGGCCAAGAGAAUCAACAGACCUUUCUUCCGGUAUUCUGGUGAAUGUUCUAAGUUUGACUCGCAUUUACAAAGCAGUUUCAGAGGAUCCCAUUUGUUGGGAUUCAAGCCUCUGAAAGACUUCCCGGGUCAGAGGUUUGACCAUAAGCAUCGAAAACCUGCCAAACUUCCAGUCCUGAAUUUGAAUGCAUCUCUGCCAAAAUGUCCAGAUGUUGGGAAUCUGGUUAUGGUAUGGAUGCCAAAUGAACAAGGGGAACACAAGAAACCUGACCAGAAUUUGUUUGGACCAAGCCUGGAUAAGAAGCCAGUUGUUUCCUUGAAGACCAACAGAAUUAUUCCAUGCGAGGAGUGGAUCAGUGAAACAGCAGAUCAGAAGAAAAAGAAAUCAUCACAAGUCCCUACUGGUGGGCAGCCCUGUUCUUCCCAGUUGAUACAUCGAUGGCUUAAGGUGCCUCCACCAUCUCCAGUCACUCCACCUUCAUAUCCACAUCUGGAAUCCUUGCCAUCCUGGGGCUAUGUAUUUCCCAAGCAUGAAUUAAUGAGUUCUUUGUCUGAGGAAGACAAAGCAUUUGCUCCUUCAAAUAUAGAUCAAUUGGACAGAACGAAUGAAAAGAACCUUUGUCAGGAGCGUCAGUUCUCUAAGACAAAGCUGAUAUUAGAUGUGCACAGAAUAAACCUUCAGAGUCCAGUGUUGAAUUAUCCAGCAAGUAUAAAAGUAUCACCUCCCAGAAGGCCCAAAUCAACUCCUGAGGUGAAGAGAAAAGGUCUCAAGACUCCAGUGCAGAAAAUUAACAAAGCUUACAGAAAGUCAAGUCGAAAGAGUACGAAACCACACACUUCAGAGAGGGAGUCCAAAGGAGAAUCAAAGAAGAGCAAGGAACUUCUGGAGUUACAUCAGAUUUUAAUCAAUGACAGCUUUCUGCCUCAAAGACAGUCCAUGGAAGAGAAGAUUGAAGAUACUGAUCCUGUCCAGUCACAACUGUUUGAGUUCAAAGCUUGGGGAGUGAGAUCAAAGAAAAAGAAGGGUUCCUCAAGAAAGAAAAAGCGCUCCAGGGAGGAAUCUCUAGAGCCCAUACAAAUCCCUCAACUCCAUAUAGAUUCUGAUGAGCAAGAGGCUGUGCCACUCACCCCACCAUCAAGCCGAGAGCCAGAAUAGGAUAUUGAAGAUGUCAGUGAUAUUGGCCAGCUCUAUGCACGAGGGUAGUCAGCCCUCUCAGGAUAAGGUUGACUCCUCUGCUUUCUCUGUGGGAAAGGGAGUUAGUUUCCCUUUUCUCUGAAGCCCUUAUGCAGGCCUGUGGGAGAUAGUUUACCUUAUCUCCCAUCCACCUGUUUCUGGUAGGCAAGGUGGCAAGGUAUUAAAAGGGCAGGGGAUUGAGAAAAGGUUCCUCAGCCUAGGAAGGUUGUUAAUCAAAUCUGGAUUGUUGAUUGGGAGUGGUUCUGACUUAAUAAUUAAAAUAGCCAUUUUUCAGGCAGAA